AUGGCUGAUUUACAAGGUCGCAGGGUCUUCAAGGUCUUCAACCAGGACUUUAUCGUGAGCGAACACUACACUGUCACCAAGGAGCUAGGUCAAGGUGCAUAUGGUAUUGUCUGCGCUGCAACCAACUCCCAGACUGGCGAAGGCGUAGCCAUCAAGAAAGUCACCAAUGUCUUUAGCAAGAAGAUCCUCGCCAAGCGAGCUUUGCGCGAGAUUAAGCUGCUCCAGCACUUCCGUGGUCAUCGCAAUAUUACAUGCCUCUACGAUAUGGACAUUCCCCGCCCGGAUAACUUCAACGAAACAUAUCUCUAUGAGGAAUUGAUGGAAUGUGACUUGGCGGCUAUCAUCCGGUCCGGCCAGCCUUUGACCGACGCGCAUUUCCAGUCCUUCAUCUAUCAGAUUCUUUGUGGUCUCAAGUAUAUUCACUCCGCUAACGUGCUGCAUCGAGACUUGAAACCGGGAAACUUGCUCGUCAAUGCCGACUGCGAGCUGAAGAUCUGUGAUUUCGGCUUGGCCCGUGGAUUCUCUAUCGAUCCCGAAGAAAAUGCUGGUUACAUGACCGAGUACGUUGCCACAAGAUGGUACCGUGCACCCGAAAUCAUGCUGAGCUUCCAGAGCUACACCAAAGCUAUUGAUGUCUGGUCUGUGGGAUGUAUUCUUGCUGAGCUUCUAGGUGGACGACCAUUCUUCAAGGGUCGCGACUACGUCGACCAGCUGAACCAGAUCUUGCACUACCUGGGAACACCCAACGAGGAGACCCUCGCGCGCAUUGGAUCUCCCCGCGCCCAGGACUACGUCCGCAACCUACCAUUCAUGCCCAAAAUCUCCUUCCAGCGCCUGUUCCCGAACGCCAACCCCGACGCUCUGGACCUGCUGGACCGUAUGCUGGCCUUUGACCCUUCGUCGCGUAUUUCAGUCGAGGAAGCCCUCGAACACCCCUACCUGCACAUCUGGCACGAUGCCUCUGACGAGCCAACAUGCCCCACAACCUUCGACUUCCAGUUCGAGAUCGUUGACGACGUCCAGGAUAUGCGCAAGAUGAUCCUUGAUGAGGUUAUUCGCUUCCGCCAGACAGUUCGUCAAGGAAGCCAGUCCCAAUCUAUCCAGCAGCAGCAAAUGGCCCAGCAGACCAAUGUUCCCAUCCCCGACAACCAGCAGGCUCCCUGGAAAGCCGAGGAACCGAAGCCUCAGGAGGCCUCGAUUGGUGGUGGUCAUUCUAAUGACCUGGAGUCUUCGCUGCAGCGCGGCAUGGACCACCACUAA